AUGAUCAUAGCCAGUCUUUGCAUGACUUCGCUUCUUACCGCGAUUGAGGGUACCGUUACUGCUACUGCGCUACCGACCAUCACCCACGAGCUCGACUCCAAAGAGUUAUAUGUGUGGUUUGUGAAUGCGAUAUUUUUGUCCAGUGCAGUUAUUCAGCCGCUCUUUGGUCAACUAGCAGACGUAUUCGGACGACGAUGGCCUAGCAUAUUUUCUGUUGCCGUCUUUGCACUCGGCAGUGGAAUCGCCGGUGGAUCAAAUUCUAACGGUAUGCUGAUUGCUGGACGAACACUACAGGGAAUAGGUCUCGGGGGCGUGAAUAUGCUCAUAGACAUCAUCGUCUGCGAUCUCGUACCCCAAAGGAAGAGAGGCGCAAUAAUGGGCAUCAUCUUCGCCAUCUUUGCUACGGGAUCUUCCUUAGGCCCAUUUAUUGGCGGUGUUCUUGUCGACCAUUCCUCCUGGCGCUGGGUUUUUUACCUUGGAUUACCGGUCUCUGGGUUAGCUUUGCUUCUACUCGUACUCUUUUUACAGGUCAGAUUCGACAAAGAGACGACUGUGAUGAACAAGCUGAAACGACUUGAUUACAUUGGGAACGCAAUACUAGUAUCGUCCAUGAUAUCCAUCCUAAUCGCCUUAACUUACGGAGGAACACUUAGACCUUGGUCAUCUUGGCGUACUAUACUCCCUUUAAUCCUAGGGCUACUCGGCAUAUGCGCAUUCCACAGCUACGAAGUGACAGGGUGGCAACAGGAACCCGUUAUGCCUCCACGGCUCUUCAAGAAUCGAACAUCUGCGAUCGCCUUUGUAUUGGUGUUUCUCCACGGCAUGAUCUUGUAUUGGAUCACUUAUUUUCUUCCGGUGUACUUCCAAAGCGUGCUGUUAAGCAAUCCAACUCGGUCAGGCAUCCAGUUCCUUCCUACUACCAUUGUAGUCAUACCCUUCGCUAUCGUCGCUGGAGGACUAAUAACUGCCACCGGCCGGUACAAGCCCUUGUGUAUCAUUGGUUUUAGCCUACAAGCUUUAGGUGUCGGACUCUUCACCACUCUAGAUAUCGCAUCAUCAACCACGAAAUGGGCCAUCUUCCAAAUCGUUGCCGCUGCGGGAAUCGGUCUUGUCACUACUGCAAUUCUUCCUGCUGUCCAAGUCGAGCUGCCUGAAAGUGAUGUGGCGGCAUCAACGGCUACGUGGGGCUUUCUUCGCAGCCUUGGUUCAAUAUGGGGAAUCUCAAUUCCUGCGGCCAUUUUCAACAACCGGUUCGAACAGCUUUCCACCCAAAUAAGCGACAGCAAUGCACGUGACAUGCUUCGAAACGGUGUAGCAUACGAGAAAUCAUCAUCAGCUUUUAUAAACAGUUUUAGUGAGUCUACUAGAAUCGAAAUUAUUCUGACAUAUCAAGGAGCUCUACAGAGGGUCUGGCAGAUAGCUGUUGUUUUUGCUUGUGUCGGAUUCAUAGCUGCAUGGGGUAUGAGAGAGUCCAAGUUGAAAAGAUCAUUAGACACGGAUUUUGGAAUGAAGACUAAGGAAAAGCCUUAA